CGACGUAGGAAUGUGAUCCCGCCUGAGGGGCGCUCCGUGGGAGGAACCUAACGGGGAAAGGAGGGCUGUUGUUGUCCUGCUCCCGCAGCACUGCCUGUCCCCGCACCACCCGCACGGACACGGAUCAGCGCAGGCAGCCCUCCCGGAAAGCAGCCAGGAUGUCUCAGGAGCAGCAGGCAGUGGCUCGUGCCAGAAAAGCCUUUGAAACAGGUAGAUCCAAACCCCUGGAGUACCGCAUCAUCCAGCUGAAGAACCUGCAGCGGCUGUUCGCCGAGCGGCAGAAGGACAUUGCAGAUGCUGUAAAGAAAGAUCUUAAUAAGAGCGAGUGUGGGACGCAGCUGUAUGAGACUCUGGGUGUGGAGGGAGAGAUCGACCUGGCUCUCAAGAAGCUGAAAGAAUGGGCCGCUCCCCGACCCGUGGAGAAGAACCUGCUGACGCUCUCGGACACGGUGUACGUGAAGCCCGAGCCCCUGGGGGUGGUGCUGAUCAUCGGGGCCUGGAACUACCCCUGGGCCAUCACCAUCCAGCCCCUCAUCGGAGCCAUCGCUGCUGGUAAUGCAGCGGUGGUGAAGCCCUCAGAAGUCUGCGUUCACACUUCAAAAGUUAUGGAGGAACUGCUGCCAAUUUAUAUUGACAAAGAGCUUUACCCCGUGGUGACGGGAGGUGUGACGGAGACCCAGGAGCUGCUCCGUCAGAGGUUCGACCACAUCUUCUACACCGGGAACAGCAUGGUGGGCAGAGUGGUCAUGGAGGCCGCCUCCAAACACCUGACGCCCGUCACCCUGGAGCUGGGCGGCAAGAGUCCCUGCUACAUCGACAAGGACUGCGACAUAAGCAUAGCCUGCAGGCGCGUCGCCUGGGGAAAAUACACAAACUGUGGUCAGACGUGCAUCGCCCCAGACUACAUCCUGUGUGAGCCCAGCGUCCAGGACCGGGUCAUCCAAGAGGUCAAGAAGGCUGUUAAGGAGUUCUACACAGACAACCCAAAAACCUGCCCAGACUACGGACGCAUCAUCAAUCAACGCCACUUCAAGAGGAUCAUGGGCUUGUUAGACGACACCACGGUCGCAGCAGGAGGAGACAACGAUGAGGCAGACUGUUUCAUAGCUCCCACAAUCCUGCGGGAUGUGAAGCCCGAAGCAAAGGUGAUGCAGGAGGAGAUUUUUGGACCCCUGCUUCCCAUCCUGCCUAUCAGUGGCCUGGAUGAGGCCAUCAAGUACAUAAAUAAGAGAGAGAAACCUCUGGCCCUGUACGUCUUCUCAUCACAUGACAAGGUGAUACACAGAAUGAGAGACGAGACCUCCAGUGGAGGAUUUCUGGCCAACGACUGUCUGGUUCACUUUUCGGUCAACUCGUUGCCAUUUGGGGGAGUAGGAAACAGUGGAAUGGGCUGCUACCACGGCAAGUACAGCUUUGACCAGCUGAGCCAUCUGCGUGGCUGUCUCAUCAAAAAACUGAACAUGGAGGGGGUGAAUAGCAUGAGGUAUCCACCUCACACACCUAAGAAACUGGGCUGGGCUCGCUUCUUCAUCCUGAAGACGGCCAACCUGGGCUGGAUGGGCCGCAUGGUGCUCUUUGCUGUUGUGGCUGUGGUGGCUGCUGCAGUGCUGCAGAAAUAUCUCCUUUGAGGACGUCCUUCUGCUUCCUGAGCAGCAAGUCUUCUGUCUUUACUUUGCUAUGCAACAAGUUAUAACAAGUCCAAUCAGCAUUUUCAAUGAGAUGGCCCCUUAGGUGUUGCCUUAAUCAAUAGACAUUUCAAUAAACCUAUAGAGCUCAUUAUAGAAAAUGACUUAUUUUCAGGAAUGCUAUUAUUUAUUAUCAUGUAUGGCCCUUAAAUUUGUUUUGAGUAUCACUAUAUUCAGUUCAUUUUAAAGGAGACAUAUUAUUGAUUAUGCAUCUGUGACGUGCUUUGGUCACAAUACCACGGAUCAGAAGUUGUGAAGGCUGAAUAAUUCUGCUGUGAAUUUGUUUAUUUCAUGGGAUUGCACAUAUUUUUUUUUUAACAUCACGUCAUAAAAACAAAAUAUGGGACAAAACAUACAAUUUUAAUGAAGUAACAACAAGGCCUACCGCACAGUUUUAGGUUUAAGGAACAAUAGAUGAGAAGGACUGGAAAGAUGAAGUUCAUCUAUUUUAAUCACGACUGUUUUUAUUGUGUUUUUUACUUUUCUUUCUCUGAGUUGGCUGGGAAGUCAAACUGGAGCAUGUGAAGGACAUUUUUAUUAAAUACAGCAAAAGCCUCCAGCAGCUGGAAGUUUUCUAGGAAAUUGUUUUGUGAUUAGUUUAAACAAUAUCAAAAUGAUUCCCGUAUCUCACCAUUAACAUUUCAAGAGUUUGUAAUUAAUAAAUGAAUAAAUACAUAUAUAUUUGAUUUUAUUAGUAAAAUAAAUAUAUUCCUAUUUGCUUAAA